AGGGCUGUUUGGGCCUCUUUGUACUUCAAAUGCCAGAACCGAGUUUGAAUCCCAGUCCAGACCAGACGCAACGGGAUGUGUACCUAACAAAUUUCCAAUCAUCUAUUGAGUGCCGACGGGGCAUGCAUGUGCUGUAACAGAGGAGAGCAUAGAGGGGAGGGAAAGGAGAGCGACAGAGGGGAGGGGAGGAAGAGGAGAGCGACAGAGGGGAUGACAGGGAAGUAGGGGAGAGCAGUAGAGGGGAGGGCAGGGUAGAGUGGCAGAGGGGAGUGUAAGGGAGAGCAGCAGAGGGGAGUGUAAGGGAGAGCGGCAGAAGGGAGAACAGGGGGGAGAGAGGUAGAGAGUGACAUAGGGGAGAGAACUCAGACUUGGGGUAGGCAGAGAACACCCUUUAACAGGUGCUUCUGCCUUCCUCUUAGUUCUGGCACCGAAGCUUUUAACUUUACUGUAGAAACAGUCAAAAUGGGCUUCUUAUAAUAAAAAAGUAGUGUUUGCUUUAUAUUAGGUAUCAAUCUCUAGGGAACAGAUAUAGUGAGUAAUAAGAGGGCCAUGAUACAUAAACACACAUUUACUGCAGUUGUGCAGAGAAAAAGUAUUUGGAUCUAUAACCCUGGUAAAUGGUAGCACACUAUAAAAGUUCAGUAAAGCCAUUAAGCCUGCCACCCAUAAGAUAACACCAGCACAACCCCCUUCCUUUAAUUACAAAAAGUCUACAGGAAGGGUUAAAUAUUUUUGCUGCACAUCAGAUGUCAAAAUGUAGUUUCCGACUUUAGGUCCGUUUGCUCUCACACAAAAUGCCUUAUAUCUGCCUGAGGUAAAUGUGCAUGAGAGUGGUGCUCUCCCAGCAGUUCAUCUGUGUGAGAUAUAAGGACAUUGGCAGAGUCUAAAUAUAGCUGCACAUGCAAAGGGAAAAGACAAGCUUGUGUCCCCAGCAGGGCGCAGGAAGGGGAGACGCUUUUGACCCUGCUUCCACAGUGUGUGGACCUGUUACGCGAGCCUUAUGCAAUGCAAUGUAAACAGUCCACGCGCUUGUAGGCGAGAGAAGACAUUUGCCAGCGAGCAGGGCGCCAUCUGUAUUUUAAUUCACAUUAUACUCCGCAGAAAUCAGAUACAGAAGCAGUAAGGGGGGAGCGGAGGGGGGGCUGAAAAGAAUGCGGCAACCUUGCCUGCCGAGGAGUUGCUUCUGGAUUAACUACCGAUCAGAUUGGAAAGCGCACGCUCUCCCUUUCGCAGUCGAGGUGGAUUAGCCUGACGGGUUCCCUUGAUUUGUGCCUGGGCGCCUGGCAUUUUUAAAUGAGACCGAAACGGGUCCUGAAAGAGCAGCAGCAGGUCUAUUCAGCGAGGGAAGAAGAGUGGAUCUCUCAUAUUAAGAUUUUAUGAUGAAUCUGUGUCCAAAUAAGGAAAUAUGCUGUUUAUUACCUCAAUCUGAUGAGAGCUGAUACAACCACUUCUUUUCUAAUGAAACGCUGGGGGGAGCCUCGCGUUGGUAAUCCUACUUCCACAUUGCUGCUCUCGCUCUUCCAAAUGUCAAGCAGAAGGGAAAGCAAAGAAGGUGACUUUAGCUUUGUAAGGAUAAAGAACAUACUGUGCUGAUGGAAUUUGCCUUUAAUAAAACUAGACCUGCAGGAAGAAUUCAGAUUUUAUAUUAAAAAAAAACACUUUUGGAAUAAAAGUAUGAUUUUUGUUAAUGUAAGAAUCCCAGUGUGAGAAAUAAUCUGUCACCAUCUGAAGGGGCAACUCUGUGGGUUACUUUUUUGCCCACAGUUGCUUUUGCAGUGUCAGAUGUGUGUUUGAUGAUUUCAUUUGCUGGUGUCCCUGUUAGCUCACAUAUAGACUCCCCUCUUCUUUUUCCAGCAGCCUCACUGAGGCUCAGAGAGAAGGAUAGUAUCGUAGUGUAGCUGUGGCUCUCUGGCUGGGUACCACGUCUUGCUCGAACACUGGAUGGUGAUGAGAGCCAGUGCUCUGGGCAGCAAAAUCCUGAGCACUGGGAGGUGUGGCAUCCCCUUUCUCUUUCCACUUUUCACUGCUGGAUGUUAUACCUGAUUGUUUCUGCUUUGAUUUUCUUCCCAUUUUACAAGGAAAAAAAGAAAAUUCUUCCAGCUUUCAGCAACCCAUUGCACAAAUACACACAUAUAUAUUUUUUAUUGUUGGAUUUUCUUCGAGUGAUGCCUGCCUUUUUCCUGAAGAUGGUCAUGGUUUAAUAUCAAACUGGUUUUAAAAAUCCUUAAGCUGCCCACCAGACUUGGCGCCCUUAUGGCUUCUGGGGUUGUAGCAUGGCUGCCCUUUGCAAGGGCAGCAGCAAUUGGGUGGAUGCCAGUGGCCAACUGCCCCAUGCCAUUGGUACCAGCUGAUAAGAACAAAAGACAAGAUGAGGUGAUAAUUCUAAAUGUCAGCGGGCGACGGUUCCAGACCUGGAGAACUACCCUGGAGAGGUACCCUGAUACACUACUGGGAAGCACUGAGAAGGAAUUCUUCUUGAAUGAGGAAACCAAAGAAUACUUCUUUGACCGUGAUCCUGAAGUCUUCAGGUGCAUCCUUAAUUUUUACAGAACAGGCAAGCUGCAUUACCCCAGGUAUGAGUGUAUCUCUGCUUAUGACGAAGAACUUGCUUUUUAUGGGAUAUUGCCUGAAAUCAUAGGGGACUGCUGCUAUGAAGAAUACAAAGACAGAAAAAGAGAAAAUGCAGAAAGGUUGAUGGAUGAUAAUGAAUUUGAGAACAAUCAAGAAGCCAUGCCUUCACUUACUUUACGCCAGACAAUUUGGCGAGCCUUUGAAAAUCCCCAUACCAGCACUUUAGCCUUAGUCUUCUACUAUGUAACUGGCUUCUUUAUUGCAGUAUCGGUUAUCACCAAUGUUGUAGAAACUGUGCCCUGUGGCACUGUGCCUGGAAAUAAGGAGCUUCCAUGUGGUGAAAGAUUUGAUGUAGCCUUCUUUUGCCUGGACACUGCAUGUGUCAUGAUUUUUACAGUUGAGUACCUUUUGAGAUUUUUUGCAGCCCCAAGCCGCUAUAGGUUCAUGAGAAGUGUCAUGAGCAUCAUUGAUGUAGUGGCUAUCAUGCCAUACUACAUUGGUUUGGUAAUGACCAACAAUGAGGAUGUGAGUGGCGCUUUCGUCACCUUGCGGGUAUUCCGGGUCUUCAGAAUUUUCAAGUUCUCACGUCACUCCCAGGGCUUAAGGAUCCUUGGAUACACCCUAAAGAGUUGUGCCUCUGAACUGGGAUUCCUGCUCUUCUCAUUGACCAUGGCAAUCAUUAUCUUUGCCACUGUGAUGUUUUAUGCUGAGAAAGGGUCAACAUCCAGCAAAUUCACAAGCAUCCCAGCUUCCUUUUGGUAUACUAUUGUUACAAUGACAACACUUGGAUAUGGGGACAUGGUUCCCAAGACUAUCGCAGGAAAAAUAUUCGGUUCCAUUUGCUCACUGAGUGGUGUGCUGGUCAUUGCACUGCCUGUCCCUGUAAUUGUGUCAAACUUCAGUCAGAUUUACCACCAGAACCAGCGUACUGAUAAAAGAAGAGCACAAAAGAAAGCAAGACUUGCAAGGAUAAGGGUGGCAAAGACAGGAAGUUCCACAGCCUACCUGCACAGCAAGAGGAAUGGUCUUCUUAAUGAAGCUUUGAAACUAACAGGGUCCACAGAAGAGCCGCACAUUGGCAAAUCAGCAUCACUGAUAGAAAACCAACACCACCACCUGCUGCACUGCCUGGAAAAGACAACUAACCAUGAGUUUAUGGAUGAGCAGAUGUUUGAACAGAACUGCAAGGAGAGCUCCAUGCAAAACUACCCAUCCAGUCGCAGUCCAUCCAUGUCCAGUCACCAUGGUCUUACCACCUCCUGCUGUUCCAGACGCAACAAAAAGACUACCCACCUCGCUAACUCCAAUGUGCCGGCUUCAAGGUUGUGCAGCAUGCAGGAACUCAGCACUAUUCAUAUACAGUGCAGUGACCAACCAUCUUUAACAGCCAGUCGUUCCAGCUUGAACCUGAAGUCUGAAGAUGAGGUGAGAUCAAACUGCAAAGCGUCCCAGAUAACUACACCUCCAGCUCUGACCCCUGAAGGGGAAACCCGACCUGGCAGCCCACCAGGAUGCACCAUAUACAUUCACAGUACAAGAAACAUUGUGAAAGUUUCCACCUUGUAAGACAUUGAGUGGCGAAUCAAGGCUGCCGUCCUGCUUUUCUUUUUCACUGCAAAACCAUGGAAUUAGCAGUGAAAAAAUGAUGAGCUUCUGCUUAACUUGCCAUUUACCAUCAUGGAAGGAGAGAAGAGUCUGAUCAACAAAAGUAUAAAUACAUUCCUAUCUUCAUGCAUAUGGAUGUACAGUAUAUAUAUGGUAGAAACCCUCUGCUAGGAAGUUUUACGGCAAGUAGAGGAGUUAACACAAAACAAAUUGACAACACUGUGUUUAAACACCUUUUUUAAGAUUUUCAGUGGAUAAUAUUUAUUCAUAAAUAAUGUAAAAAAAAUUACAAAAAUGGUUUAAAAAAAGAGGGAGGGGAUUGACCAGGAGUCAUUUUUGCAAGCUGAGCACGGGGGAAAACUAAACGGGGAAAACUGUUUCACUGAAUCAGCAAGCAAUCAACACAAUGAAAGUUUUACGUCUGUAACGUUCGGACAGUGGGGGAUUGGGAUAUGUUUUAAGAGAUUCAAAUUUUUUUGUGUAUUCUGUGAGUUUGGAUAUAGAACUGUUCAGUAAACAGAAUAGCUCCUAGCACAUUUCUGACCCGGCACAUUGUAGAAGCGAGCACACAAACACAAUCUUCCCUUGAUGGUGAUCUUAAUUCUUAAAUGAUUUUGUUAUAGCCUUACAAGUCCAACCAGUGCAGACUGUGAUGUUGUUGGGUAAUUUGUCUGUGAAACAGCUUAAUUGUGAAGCAAAAUGUAAAAAAAAAAAAAAGGAAAGAAAGAAAGAAAGAAAGAAAAAAAAAGGAAUGAUGCUUUAGUUACAUCUAGUUUUCACAUCACCAGCUAUUUUUCUGCUUUAUAGUUUCCCUCCAGAGCAGUUUAAUAACUUUUAAUAUAUUGGGAAUGGGCAAAGCAGUGUCAUCAUGUGUACAAAAAAAUGCGACCAACUAUGUUUUAACAUUUUGCUUAGAUCAGAAACACCUGUUUUAGCUCUGGGAACUAUUACUAAACAGUAUUUAUAAUUGUUAUCUUUUUCGAUGUGGAAUAUUAUAUAAUGUGGUGGCUGAAUAUGUUCAGUCAUGUUUUAGGAAGGGGGAAAUUAAAAAUGUGACUUUAACCAGCUUUAGCUGGACUACAGUUUCCACCAUUUGCUCGCAGUUUGAAGGGUAGCAAAGCUUUUAUAUACUGAUACCAGGAUGUACCUGAGAAGCAAGACAACUGCUUUUUUUAUAGGUGAGUAGAGUAAACCCUUAAAUGGAGCAGGUUGCUUUUUUCUGCCGCAUAUGAUGAUGUCUUUUAAACAGGUGUGAUAAUUAGCCUUUUCAUUUGUUACCUGCUUCUAGGUGAUAAAAAAGAUGCAUAAAGAAAGGAGUCUAACGGGUAUAUUUUCUAAGACAACAUUUAGAUGUCACUUGAAUUCAUAACUGAUGUUUAAAUAACAAGCAAAUUUACCUUUUAUUUUCUAAGUUUACAAUAAACGUAAUGAUAACCAGAUAACUGAUAGGGACACUUACCCAACUAUCUUUAUGGUCAUUGGUGAUCCUUUCUUUAAAACAUUCCAAACCACCCUUGUGGUUUAAUGUCCAAGGGUAACAUAUUUCUGUUUUCCUAAUGCUGCACAAGAGUGAAGUCUCCUGCAGUACAUCAUGGGAAAUGUACUUUUUUACUUAACAGAGUCAAUUAUUUUAAGUGGUACAGGGCUGCAUGAAAAGCUGCCUAUAGAAAAUAAGAUUUUAAGAAAGGUCAGGUUGACUGCAUAAUGGGUAGAUAUAGUUAAAGGUACAGUAUAUUAAGCUGUGAUUUCCAACUAUUUCAUAUAAAGGUAAUUUUAUUAGUAGCUAACAUGGGGGUUCUGCAAUCUGUAAAUAAACACUCACUGAACCCCUCCUUCUAAUACCCUUAUUAAUUAAUUAAGGUGACAUAUUCUGUCCUUUUUUAUAAUUAACAGACAAAAUGGUUAAUAGAAGCCUUAAAAAAAUAAGGCACAAGAGUAACAGCAUGUAAAUGCAUCUGACAUUUUUACACCAAUUGAGCCAUACUUUCAUGCAAUAGAUUUGCAUCACGUUACAAAAUGACUUUAUGGCUGAAGAAAAUGAAAGGCUAAUCUGUUAUUUUCACCUUGGGAAAUGAGUUACAUUAAACUACUUUGUUCCACAUCAUCAAUUCACAAAUUAUUGUUUUACACAUUUUAAGAGAUAGCAAACUACAAACAAUAUG